CGCUUCAGGAAACCCAACCGAGGGAGGAGAUGAAGAAGUUGCUUGAAACUGGAACCACCCAAUCGUAGAUAAGUUUAAAGAAAAACCAGCCACCCAUUUAAUACAGAAAGAAUUUCAGUGGCUUCACCACUCUGAAAUUAGAAAUUAAACGAUUACGUGUCUUGGAUUUCUGAUAAAGUUUGUGUCGCAAAAGCAACUUCAUCUUCCACUUGAUAACAGCAAUACCUCCAUUCGCCUAAACUUCGGAGCUUUCGAUUUCGAAGCUGAUAACGUAAAACAGAAAGUGUAAGCAAGAAACUACUUAAAAUGCUGCAAUUGGCUUUCCUUCUAUUAGCAGUGUUACCUGUUCAUUGCCAACUCAAUUUUACAGGCCACAAGUUGCUAGCAUUAUUCGCCAGCGAUGAAGAAGAACUAGGUCUUUUAAAAGAUCUUGCCUAUAAUAGUGACGUGGACGUUUGGAACGAACCAGUAGCUCUAUACGAGAAAGUAAAUGUUCGAGUUCCUCCUGAGGUAGCCAGCCACUUGGAAUCCAACCUCAGGUCCAAAGGAAUCGACUUUUAUGUUGUUACCAACGAUCUUCAAAAAUGGAUUGAUGAGGAACGAGAGGAAAAUCCACCAGACGACGAGCUUGCAGGAAGACAGGAAAAUUUUCAGUUGGAUGUAUAUCAUACAUUCGAUGCUAUUAGUGCUUACAUUGACUCUGUGCCUGGACGUUAUCCAUCGCUUGUAUCGGCUGAACAUAUUGGGACGACCUUUGAAGGAAAUCCCAUAAAAGGAUUAAAGAUCGGAUCUCCAGGAGUUAAUAAACCUGCUCUAUGGAUUGAUUCUGGGAUACAUGCUCGGGAAUGGGUAUCACCUGCCACAUCAAUUUACAUCAUCGAGCAAUUAGUUAGGGGAUACGACACUGAUCCUGAGAUUAAGGAACUGGUGGAUACCUAUGACUGGUAUAUCUUCCCUGUCGUCAAUCCUGAUGGAUACAAAUAUACUUGGACUUUCAAUAGAAUGUGGCGAAAGAAUAGAGCUGUAAGUCGCCGUUUCGGAACCAACCCAUUCUGCAGGGGCGCUGAUCCUAACAGAAACUUUGACUCAGCAUUUGGAGGUCCUGGAACUAGUGGCGACUCUUGCUCAGAAAUAUACAGGGGUGAAUCUGCCUUCUCAGAAGCAGAGAGCCAGGCCAUUCGUGAUGGUGUAUUACGCUUGGGUAGCAGACUUAAGGCUUAUUUCACUUUGCAUUCCUACUCACAGCUCUGGAUGACGCCCUAUGGUCAUUCUCGUACCAACCCUCCUGAUCAUGCUGAUCAUAUGAAAGCUUUACAAGCAGCAGCAACGGCUAUCGGGAAUGUUCACGGACAAUAUUAUAGAUAUGGACCAAUUGCUACUACUAUAUAUCCUGCAGCCGGAUCUUCAGUUGACUGGGCGUAUGAAGGAGCGAAAGUGAAGUAUAGUUUUGCCAUCGAGUUACGAGAUACUGGAAGACAAGGUUUUCUACUUUCUAACACUCAAAUCAUUCCAAAUGCUGAAGAGAACUUCGCUGGCAUCAAAGCUGUAGCCAAGCUCAUUAGUAACGAAUUGUAACAGAAUGCGUAUUUAAAAUUAAUUGUGUUUCGGUGAAAAGGAGGUUAUAUCUUUUAAAAGAUAUUUCAUUAGGGGUAUACAGUAGACUUUGUAUAGAGAAAACAAAGGGUGUUUAAUAAAAUGUUCUUGACCUGUC